AUUCCAUUAAAACUAUAUACAUUCUAUGGAUACUAUACGAGUAGUGGUGUGUGGUGACGAGGGUGUGGGCAAGUCGUCGUUAAUCACAUCCUUGGUGAAAGAGAAAUUUGUGCCAAAUAUACAGCAUGUCAUCCCGCCAAUGAAUAUUCCCCGUGAUUUUUCGGAUUCUCGCUACUCAGUGAACUCGACUAUCUUGGUAGACACCUCUGCCUCAAACAUCUCCUCCCUUCAGUACGAAAUUCGUCAGUCAAACGUCAUUUGGUUGGUGUAUUCUGAUCAUUAUACCUAUGAAAGGAUAUCCCUAUAUUGGAUUCCGCUCUUCCGAUCUCUGGGUGUGAAUUUGCCAAUUAUCAUAUGCAACAACAAGAGUGACAUUGACACAUCUACAGAGUCAUCCACAGCGCUGAACGAAGAGUUUAUUCCGCUUUUGAAAGAUUUCAAAGAAGUUGAAGCUUGCAUCAGAUGCAGUGCCAAGGAGAACUACAAUGUCAACCAGGCGUUUUACCUAUGCCAGCGUGCAGUCACACAUCCGCUUUCUCCAUUGUAUGAUUACAAAGAUGGCUGCUUGAAACCUCUCGCAGUGUCUGCGUUGAAUAGGAUCUUUUACCUCUGCGAUAGAGAUCAAGACGGAUAUUUAAGUGACGACGAGUUUCUGCUGCUUCAGCAGAAAUGCUUCCACAAAUCCAUAGAUAUCACCGAAUUGCAAACCAUUAAAAACACAUUAAAUGGUAUUAUACCUGGCUCAGCAAGUGAAAAGGGAAUUACAAGCCAAGGAUUCCUCCUACUGAAUAAAUUUUAUGUUGAAUCUGGGAGACAUGAAACGAUCUGGGGGAUACUUAGAGCAUUUUACUACACAGAUUCUUUGUCUAUCGAUGACAAAGUGUUAUACCCUAAAAUUGACAUUCCUCAGCACUCAAGUGUAGAGCUCUCUCCGAUUGGUUAUAAGUUUUUAGUUGAUUUGUUCAUAUUAUUUGAUAAGGAUAAUGAUGGUGGUUUGAAUGAUCAUGAACUCGAACGUUUAUUUUAUCCAACUCCUGGUAUUCCAAAAUCGUGGAAAGACAACAAUUUUCCUAGAAGUGUGGUGUGCAAUGAACAAGGAUAUGUGACUCUUCAAGGGUGGCUUGCUCAGUGGUCUAUGACAACUUUCUUAGAUUACAAAACAACAUCUGCAUAUCUUGGAUACUUCGGUUUUGAAACAAAAACAUCCAACUCCAAAAAUACCUAUUCCACAUCCUCUGCUUUGUACAUUACGAAACCGAGGAAGUUUAAAAAGAGGAAUGGAAAAGUUUAUAGAGCCGCAGUCAACGAUAGAACAGUUUUUAACUGUUUUAUUGUAGGUGCCUCUGGAUGUGGCAAGUCAUCGUUACUGGAAUCUUUCUUAGGGAGACCGUUCAGUAAUGCUCACUCUCCAACAAUUCAACAGAAUAUAGCAGUAAACAAUGUUGAGUUGAUUGGGGGGAAACAAUGUUACUUGAUUAUGGAGGAACUUGGUGAAGUUGAACACGCUAUACUCGAUAACAAGGAAAAGCUGGAUUCAUGUGAUGUUUUAUGUUUUGCCUACGACUCCUCGGACCCUGAGUCAUUUCAACACUUGAUUGAAAUCAAACAGAUGCACAAUUAUUUAGACAAUAUUCCUUCCGUUUUUGUUGCGUUGAAAGCAGAUUUAGACAGACAACAACAGCGCUCAGAUUUCUUACCCGAACCUUACACCAAGUCUUUGCACCUAUCCCCACCACUUCACAUCAGCUCUAAUUGGCUACCGUCUAUGAAUGAACUCAUGAGUCACUUGGUUGCAGCAGCUACCAACCCCCGUUUCGCAACUCCUGGUCUCGAUCCAGAGCCUACUGAGCCUGAACCUCUUUUAAACUCAUUCACCAUUGGCUGUGGAGCCAUUGGACUUAUGGCGGUAGCGUCAGCGUGGUAUUUGCACGGGUACCUUCUAGGCGGAAGAAGGUGAUUUUGAUACAAUCUAGCAGGCGAACUCAAUGUAUAACGUAUUUUUUAGAGAUAUCUAUGUUUAGCCCGUAGAACGAACAUUUCGUGGGAGAAACCAUUGUACGACCGAAA